CAUAUAAUAUUUUUGGUCGAGGUCUCGCGGAAAACCAAAUUCUGCAUUCUGUUACGUGACACAAGAAGGCGGGUUAUUUAACUUUAAUUAAGCUACCAUACCAUCGAGCCUCGUCAUUAUUUGGUUACAUUCGGGAUACCGGACCGUGUGCUUGCUGCAAUUUAAAGCAAGGUAUUGGGAGCUACUUCUAAUGCCAUGGAGGACUUUGAUGAUGAACUGGACAUGGAUACUUUGGCAGAGCUAUUGGACGCAGAUGAUCCUGAGAUAGAUGGUGCCAUCACAACUGGGGGAACUGCAUGCCAAAAAAACUCUCAGUCCUUUCUAGAGAGCAUUUCUGCUGAGGCUGCAAUUAGUUCUUCAGCUUUAGGCUUGGACAUGUCAGAUGAUGAUAAUGAUGAGAGUCAGGAGGGAGCUUCAGAUCAAAUGAUGCUAUCUAAAUCUGCAUCCUCUUCAGCCUCUGGCAUAGAUAAUGAAAGUGCACCUCCUUCUAAGAAUGUAGCACUAGAAUCAGUAGAUCCUUUGGAGAGGGAGCUUAGGCAAAUGGAGGCAAAAAUGGCAGCUCUAAAGGCUGAGCUUGCUAAAAAGAAGAAGCUGAACGUCACUAGCAGUGAUGGGUGUUCCAGAAUAUUCACAAAGUUAACAAUUCCAACUGUUAGCAAAGAAACACAGAGAAAGCUUUCUAUGGAGGAGCAUGCUAACCUACUCAAGAGUUUGAAAGAGCAAAAAAAUAGAAGCCUGCUUCAUGGGGGUGAUACUGACUCUGAAGAUGAUGAAGAUAAUAAAAAUCCUUUUGAAUCUCGGUAUAAUUCAUAUGGACAUGCUCUUUUGAAAAACUUGAAAAGUGCUAACAAUGGACAAAGUUCAUCCUCUUUAAAUGGAAGAACUAAUUUGAAUCCGGGCUCUUCAGCAGGCAAGGAUGGUGGGGCUUCACACCAAGUCCUAAAAUCUGACAAUUUUGAAGUUCUCAAGGCACUGGCUGCAAAGCGUCAACAAGUUGUUAAAAAAAUUAAAAAUGAUCAAAAUUGGCAGGAGGCUAGUGGAUCUCUUGUGCCUGCUGGGGGCAGUUUAACUAAAAUGACUCCUGCUGAGAAAAAUGCUGUCAGAUGUGCAUACUCUGGUAUAUUUGUUGUGUCUCCGCAAGUGUCAGCAUCUCAGAUGCAGGAGCGCAUGGAGGGUCGCCGCUUUGUAUCUUUCUCGACAAUUCCUCUUCAGAUGCGAGGAGGAGAAAUAGAAGGGGAUUGGGUCACCAUUGCUGUUCUUGUUGCCAAAACCCCUCCUAAAACCUCGCAAAAAGGCACCCAGUAUUCAGUUUGGCAGCUGACCGACCUACGUGACUGUACCAAGACGGUUGGCCUCUUCCUUUUCUCAGGUGCUCACUCUGGCUUGUGGAAGACUACAGUGGGCAGCGUUGUUGCCAUACUCAAUGCACAAAUCAUGAAGGACCGUCAGGGCGACUCUUCCUCCAACCUAGUGACGUUAUCCAUCAACAAUGCAAUGAAUCUCAUGCUCAUGGGAACUGCCAGAGAUCUAGGCUGGUGCAAAGGCCGGACCAAAGCCAACGCUUCAUGUCGCCAGUUUGUUAAUAAAUCGGUGUGUGAGUUUUGUGUGUUCCACGUUCAGCGGGAGUAUCAAAAGACAUCGUCUAAGCGGGCAGACUUGCAGAGCAGCUUUUCGGCCCGCGGCCCUCAGUCCUCGUCCUUGAAACAGAAAGUUCUUGGCAAAGACAAGGUAUUCUAUGGCGGGAAUUUGUUCACUGGAGCACCGCUCUCUGCCCCCAGCAUACCUGGCCGCCAGAACACUUCCCACCGAGCCAAGGACCUGGCGACACUCAGCUCUCUCAAGCUCAAAAUGAAGAGCGACCAGCUCAAGGAUGAGGACAAGAAGAACUCAUUCGUCUUGAAACACCUCUCGCAAAAAGAGGUUUCUGUCGUACAGAAUAUGGUCAAAGAGAAUGAUUCCUUAGGUGAAAGACUCCUCGCACCAACUCCCGGCGCCCGUAACCUGCUACGUUAUAAGGCCAAAGAUGACGAAGCGCAGCUUCAAGAGACCAGGAAAGCCAAUGGGCUUUCUAAGCUUGUAACAGCUAAAGAUCUCCUGAAGAUGACUCACUCGGAGAUACAGCAGCGCAAGAUUGAGCAAGCCAAGCGGAAGUCAUUGACUGCCGGAUCUGCAUCCAGCAUUCCUACCCUGGGUCGCGGGUUGUGCCCGGGACAGCUGGUAGAUUUUGACCUCUCACCGCCAUCUAAGUCAGCUUUCGAUCCUGUAAAAGCAAAAGCUCUAGCAAUUCUCAAAAGAAAAGGCGAAGCUUUGCAGCCCAGUGAGAAAAACUCUAUAAGAAGCAAGGACAAAGUGGCAGACCCCCAGUUUCAAGAUCGUGUCCAGAAAAGGCUAAGAGAAUCAGGCUGUCCCAGCGGGAGUGAUGAGGAAGCAACAUGUAAAAAGCAAAAGCAAGAUGAAGAGUCGCGGUCAUUGCUCGGCAGUGUUGACCUUAAUAAUGAAAAAAUACAAGCGAUGCUUGAGCGAAAAUCUAAGCAUAGUAAUUUAGUGGACGAUGUAGAAAACGCCCAAAUGGACAAAUAUUAUUCUAAACUGGAGUAUAAGGAGAAACUUGAAGAGAAGCUCGCUUCAACUAUGGAAGUGCCCACUAACGCUGUUGUGUGUAUCAAAUGUAAGUAUCAAGCUGUACUCCAGAGUCAGUUUUGCAAAGACCAAGGCCACGUUGUGAAAGCGGUAAAGGCAAGCAAGAGAUUCUUCGAGUGUUCCAAGUGCAAAAAAAGAACAGUUACCCUAGAAAAAAUGCCAGUCAAGUCAUGCGGCAACUGUGAACAGACAUCUUGGCGCAGAGUUGCCAUGGGAAAAGAGAAGAAGGGGCCCGUGCUCGACUCCGAAGUGCUCUGUUUGCGUGGCAACGAACAGAAGCAUUUCGGUGGCUGUGCUGAGAAAGCUUUUCUUCACAUUGAUGGAUGAUUUCUAAUGCUUAAACCUGCCUGCAUAAAUGCGAACUAAAUGCCGGAGCCGGCGUGCAAAAUAAGCUUGUGGCGUGCCGGCGUGCAUCGCUGAAAGCCACAUUUGUUCAAACUGAUGGCUUAUUGAUGAAGAUCGAAUUAAUCUGAAUCAAUAUUCGAGUAAACAUUAAUGUAUAAACGUAAGUGAAAGUACAAAAUUUUAUGCUUAACGCGAACUACCAUCAAGUGCAUUAAUGUGAAUGGGAGGAAGUCAUUGUUCCAAUCAAUGGCAACUAGCUAGCUGUUUUAAUCUUCAAUUGUUUGAAUUUCACCUUCAAUUUAAUGCUGCAAUUACUUGACAAUAGCGCUGUAGCUUCACUUCAGAGGGCUAGUUGACGAUUGGGACGAAACUUGAUUACCAUUAUAGCAUGAUUCUCUUGUGUGAUUUUUAUUUUAUCGUUAUUCUUCAACGGAAAUUUAUGUAUCAAAUGUUUGUGAUCUCUGGCCACAUUUCUGA